UCAGCCUGUCUCCUCAGUUGUGGAGCAGUUCAUUGAAACCAGAGCUGCUGCUGCUUCAGCUACCGGGGAGCACCAAGCCGCAGCCCCAGCCCCAGCCGCCCCCGGUCCAACCUGGGUGGGAAGCCAGCCUGAGCCAAGGAGGCAGCGCCAGCCAAGCAAGCAGAACCUUUUGGGGCUGCUGGGGGUCUCUCUGUGGUUAUUCUUCUGCAUGAUAAAAAAGGGACUUGCUCAACCCAACCCAACCAGCCAUCCAGCCACUAACAUGUCAAGAGAAGAGCAGCAGCACAUGGGGGAAUGCAACGGCAGCCACGCCGCCUUGCUCCAAAUCUGCACGCAAGAAGUUGAGAGCCCCUCGGGCAGUUCAAAGGCACCGAAUAUGUGCACCUCCAGGCGGAUUCUGUUGCUUGCGCUCACCUUCCUUGCAUACACCAUUGAUUCUGUCUCUGCACAUGGCCCUGCUGAAACUCUCUGUGGUGGAGAAUUAGUGGACACCCUGCAGUUUGUUUGUGGGGACAGAGGUUUUUACUUCAGCCGGCCUGUGGGCAGAAACAGAGGAAGGCUCAACCGUGGCAUUGUGGAGGAAUGCUGCUUCCGGAGUUGUGAUCUCAAUCUGUUGGAAACCUACUGUGCAAAAUCAGUCAAAUCAGAACGGGACCUCUCGUCAACUUCACUUGUUGUCUUACCAGCACUAAACAAGGACCCCUUUCAAAAGCCCUCUCAUGCUAAGUACUCAAAAUAUGACAUAUGGCAGAAAAAGAGUUCCCAGCGUCUGCAGAGAGGAGUCCCCAACAUCCACCGUGCCCACAGAUAUCGAUGGCAGGCCGAGGGACUCCAGGAGUCUGAAGAAUCCAAGAUCCAUCGUCCCUUGAUGGUUCUGCCAACCCAAAAGCCUCUUGUUGUGCAAACCACCUCAGAAACAUCAGGCAGCCAGAAGUGAACUGUGACAAACAGUCUGCAAAAUGGAUUCUUAAUAUUAUUAUUAAUAUUAUUAUUUUUCCAGUCUCAUGGGAGACCUUUCCCAGGCCUGGCCUUACCCUUUUUCUCUCUCCAAAACCAAGGCAGAGAAGAGGGAGGGCAAGUGCCCUUUCAUACUGAGGAGCAACAGAAAGAGGGCACCGUAACACCAAACAACUGACAUAGAAUGGGAUUACAACAUCGGCGGUGGCAGCAACAGCAGCAGCAUUUCUGUGGCAUUGUCUUUAUUAUUUUUGUUAAGAAAAGAUCUCUUGGUUUUGUUUUUUUCCUGCCCAGUAUUUUUUUGCCUUUACUUAAAAGGGACAGUUAAGGCACUUGAACUGUUUAUUAUCGGGCCACUGCCUUUUAGUCCAUAUGCCGACCAAUGAAGACAGAGCAAGAGAAGAUAAAUGACACUGGGAGAAGCCCAAUUUGUGUCUACAUUGACAAUAAAACAGAAAGGGGUGUGUAACAUCUGAGACUUUUACAUUCUGGCCUUGUUUCCAUCCCAUUAUGUUGUUGAAAAGUCCCAGUUAGUCUACAAUAUGUGUUUUUGAGGGGUUCUUUUUUAAAAAAAUUCUUUGCACGUUUUUAAAAGCCAGAGAAAGAAAUGAGAAGGCCCACUACCUUAUUUUUAAUUACACAGUUCCAAAUGUACUUGCACCUUUUUAAAAAUCACAGAUGAAGUGAGAGAGAGAGAGAAGAGUGAACAUAGGUUCACUUUAAUGGAGGAGGCGUAUGCAUUGCACAUUUGCCACAGAUUUAGUUGAAUUAUAUGAAAUAUAUAUUAUAUAUAACUUUUUUGUUUGGCAGAAAAAGCACUAUUUUUAAUGGGACCAUUUUUGUGUAUGCGUAGUUAACUGAAGAGGGAUUGUAAUGUUUUAAAUGUUGUUAUGGUGCUAAUGUAAGUUGGACGGGGGGAAAUCAAUCCAGAAAAUUACAAGAGGGAGGGGUGGGAAGGACAAGAUCUCGAAUACUGAACUUGAAAUUUUUUUAGCUUUUCGUUUUAGGAAAGUGUGAUAAGUGUUCUUUUUUUCUCUUCUGAAAUAUAGCUUGGUCAUGACCAUAUGAGCUAAUUGCCUUUCACUCAUAUACAUAAAAUGCAUGCACAUGCAGAAACACAAAUACAUCUAUACGCAUUGUAGAUCAAGAAAUUCUUUGUCUUCCUUACAGCCUUCACUCAGUCUUAUCUCCAGAACCUAGAGCAUGUCUACUGCAAAGGUACACACGUGUGCUUUGUGAGUAAUCCCAUUGGAUUUCAUGGAACUAUUCACUGUACAUAGUGCACCCAUUGGCCUUUGUAGUGUGAGGAGCACCAUCCUAUUGAGUUGGUCAUUUUUCCCUGUCUUCCUCUGACAUUUUCUCUCUGACAUGAUAGCUACUUUUUAGGUUAAAAAAAAAUUGACUUAAAUGGGUGGCUCACACAACUGACCCCAUCUGUUUAAUCUGCUGUUUUUUUUUGUUUUGUUUUUUGCUUCCUUCUUCCUUGUCAGCAAUAACAGACAACCUGCUUGAAAAUAUAAAUUUUCCUUCUUUCUGCUCCAGUGAGUAGGAAGUGUAGUUUAAUUUGGCUUUGAUAACACAGCAAAUGAAGGGCUAAGGAAACAUAACAUAUCUGAGGGGGUUGGUCCCUCUUCAUUCUUGCUUUCUUAUCCCUCAUUCUUUGUGGUACAAACCAGAAUUUGACUUGAGGCAUGAAAAUAGAGAAAUUAAAAAGCCUAUUCCUCUGAUUGAUACCCAAGCCUUGAUUAAAGUUCAAAUUUUAAAUUAUCAGUUCCCUGCCUAUUCUAUCAGUUAAAAAUGGGAAACCAAUCUCCCUAUCAUAUAUACUGAGCUACUUAGGCAAAGGGGGGGGACAAUCUAUUUGGUUCUUUACCUGCUUUGCCUUAUAUAUAACUAUACAUUUUAAAGAACAUACAAAUUACUUGAAUUGUAGCCUUUUCUCUUUUUAUCUCUAUUAUCAGUUUUUGGAAUUUGCAUCUUGCAAUCUUGAGCCAUGAUGCCUUUAAAGGUUUUAUUUUCCAUGGCACUGCAAAACAACAAUUACACCCCAAAAUGGGUUAUAAAGGAAGGGAAAAAAAUAAAUUGCUCUGUAAAACAAGGCCGAGUGGAGAGAGACCAGCCAAAGGAGAUUAAAAGUUUACAUUUGCAAAACAAAAGCUUCCCAUAGAAGCUCUUUACCAAAAUAUUUCCCCCUUUUUAAAAACAGUAAUGCAUAAAAUAUGCUUCACUCACAAGUAUCAAGGCUUCUUUAGAAUUUCCUAUAUAUAUGUAUAUGCUAUAAGGUAAAAAGCAGAGAAAUCACUUUUUUUUUGCAGCAUAACAGUAAUGAAAGGGAUUUAUCUAUAGUCUGGGAGAUCAGUUUUAUAAUAUUCUUAACAAAGCCGGGUCCCUAAGAAGUUAAAAGUAUGUGCUUUAUUUGAGCUUAUGAAGUAUUGGCAUAAGUCGAUGGAAUGUUCAUAAAGUUAAAUACCCCUCAAGUGCUUGUCAACUGGAGGAAAGUUUCAGUAGCCAGUGGGCCAGGAUGAGAGAAAGUGCUCAACUAAGAAAAUAUGCGGGUUUACUGGCUUUGGAGCACUGCAUCUUGGAAGUUGGUUCAAUGCCUCUCUAGCUGUUUAAAAGAACAGAAAUCAAGGUGGUUGUUAGAAUCCCCUUAUCCUGUUACAAUUAUUUACUUUAGUGCCAGAAAGAGUUUGAAAUGUUUCCUAUUACCUUGCCAAUACCUUUGGGGAAAAAUAAAAUAUGGAGUGAAAGCCAAAUUUAAUUAAAAUCUAAAUUCCACGGCAAUAAAUCUGGGCAAGAAUACUUAAAUCUGAUCAAAAUAAACAUGUUGGGUGGUACCUUGGCUAGUCAGUUUUCCUUUCCAAGUUGACAUUCACUGUUAAGCAUUUGGUCCUAUGCAUGCAUAUUUGGGAGCCACCCUUUUUUAAGUUCAGACACAUACAAACUAAUGUUGAGCCAGCCAGAGGAAAUGUGUUCUAGUACUGAGGUGUCUUCUAACUAUGCUGAAGGGAAUGCUCCAUUGUUCAGAUCACCUAGAUGCCUUGGAAAUAUUAAUUUGAUAAUAUUUCAUAUUAGCCCAAGAGACAUUGCACAAACUGUCCUUAGGCCAGUAAUGGUUGAGUGAGUGAUCUAAGUGUAUGGUAUCUUCAAGCCUUCUUUAGCAGGGCACGUAAUGAAUUUGGUGAGGUCUCCUUGAUAAUCAUAAAAGAGAUCAAAAACAGUACAAGAGAGAGGGAGGGUGGCUGACUUUACAACAGCAAACAACACAAUUCAUUCAGUGUAAAUUACUUGUACUGGUAUAGCACAACUGAUCCCUAGGGCAUUUCUAGUUUACCGACUAGUUUUUUCCCCUUUCUUUUUUUUUUGGGGGGGGGGGGGGUGGUGGUGGUGGUGGUGGUGGUGGUGGUGGUGGUUCUUUUUUCUUUGGCAAGGUGGGGCAAACCCACUUUAAAAAAAUACAAAACAUUGCUGGAAUCCGUACUGGUCUGAUUUCUUCCACCCCUCUAGUGCAAAGCCACAAGCACUGGAUAGGGUGGGACAUGGUUACCCAAACUGGUUCCACCAUAUUAACAGUCUCAUAUCAAGCUUCAUUCAUUUCAUCCUGCCUGAUUGCAAAGGCUCAGUGUUUUGGUGAUAGACCUAGCUGCCUCUGCACUAAAUGAAGGGAAGAAUUGUAUUUGUUGUUUUGGAAAAUUUUAAAAAUGUUUUUGGAUUUGUAUGUGUGUGUGUGUAUGUGUGUGUUUCAUUGUAUGUAUUAUUGUCUGCUCAAGUUUUAUAUGAUGGGGUGGGGUGGGAAAGAGGGUGGGAAAUGGGAGUUGAUGUAUCUUGAAAUAUUCCACUUGUGUGCACUCAAUAUGCAAGAUUCAAACUGCCCGGAUUCUGCACCUAUUGUACUUUUCAUUUGUAAUACAGUAUCAAUAAAGCAAUCAGUUAUAAUGUU